CCCUGUCAUGUUGCUGCUGCUGAGUGGUUAAUAGUAGUUUUCCCCGUCGCCAAAUUGUUAUGUACUCGUCUCUAAAUUAUUGUUAUGGACUGGCCGAGAAUUUAAUAGUCCUGACACAAGAAGGCGGAAAUCAGAAGACCACUAGGUUUGCGAUGAUACUUCUAUUUCCAAACACAAGGAGAAUGCAAAAGUGGUAUCACACCAAAAUAACGUUCACGUCAACAACGAGAAGUUGUUUCAUCUGCUUGUAGUCCAAACAAUGAUGCUAAUACAAAAAUAUCGACGUUCUCCUGUGAAAUUCCCUCUUGUUCUCCGUCUUUAUCUACUUCUCCUUCUCCGUCGAUUGGCAGCAGUAAUACAUCAGAAUAUAAUAUAGAAACUAUGAAUAACAUUCGAAGGAAUUAUUGGUUGUUACGUCAGAAUGGUGGUCGAACAACCACUACUUCUACUAAUAAUAAUUCGAAUAACACUAGUAGACGUUUAAGACUACAAUUUAAGCGUAAAUCUUAUGCUGAUUUCCAGAAAACGAGGAUGCCUACAACCUCGUUCACCGAUAAUUAUAGAGUGAAUCCAAUGAAAAUUAAACGAUUUAUAUGUCAUUGUUGUUCAGCUGUAUUUCGAUUGUCAUCUAGAUUACGAGUGCAUUAUUUAUUUCAACAUGGUCAUAUACCAGAAAGUUUAGGUGGGCUAUCUCCAAGACCAAAUGAAACUGUGAUCAAUUGUGAAUGGAAUCAAUCUUCCCAGGAGAAUAUUAAUGAUAAGAAUAAUGAUAAAAGCGAACGUACUUCUGCUACUACCACUAAUAAUAAUACUAACACUACUGACAAUAAAAGCGAGUCUAAUCAAUUAUCAACACAAGAUAAUGUGAAUAUGAGUACUACUACUCCCAUAGAGGCUGUUGUCACUGGUCAUACUACUCUUGCGUCAUCGUCAUCAUCAUCCAAUAUGCUGAAUGUAUCAGAACUGAAUUCCAUAUAUUUGAAUACAAGAAAUAGGAAACGUAAAGUGGUUACUGGGAACAAUAAUAUUGAUAGUACUGAUUCUACAGCUUGUACUACUGCUACUACUACAGUUCGAAGCUGUCGACGUACAAAGAAAUCAAUGAACGAUAUCACCAAUCAAAAUGGUCGUAAUAGCAGAUCUAAAGAUUUGUUUUCACAAGACUUAACAACUGAUAACAAUGAAAUUGACCAAAUGAUAUCAGGUGAAAAUUUAUCUUUAAAAACACGUCAUUAUUGUCCAGAAUGUGAUAUCACUUUUGCAAAAUCAUUUAACUUGAAACGUCAUGAAAGUAUAAUACAUCGUCGGGAAUAUCGUUAUUUCUGUGGUUAUUGUGAAUUUCGUACUGGACAGCAUUUAGCCUAUGAAGAACACCUGGCAAGACAUUUCAAUGUUAAACAAUUUGUUUGUGAAAUAUGUGAUUCACGUUUUACUAAUAAACGUGAAUUAGAUGAUCAUGUUGCAUUUAAACAUUCAACUGAACGUAAUUUUGUCUGUUCUGAAUGUGAUCAAAGAUUUAAGACUUCUGGUACCCUCUGGAGACAUAAAAAAAUUCACGAGAAACGUGUCUAUCAUAUCUGUUCAAUAUGUUCAGCUUCAUUCACUCGCUUAUCAAAUUUGAAUCGGCAUUAUUCUCGUACGCAUAAACGUCAACAAAAAGCGUCAAAUAAUAAUCAGACAAAUGAGACAGAAAUAUUAAUAGCGUCGAAGAAUUCUAAACGAUCGUCAAAAAAUCGUCGGACAAAAGUUUCGUCAACAACAUCAGCAGUCCAUAAAAAAUCUUCACGUGGGAAAAAUUCAACACAUCCGGGUACUUGUAUUAUCAAUGAUAAUAAUAAUAAUAAUAAUAAUAAUAAUCGAAGCACUGUUGUUAUACCUGUUGAUGAAGAGGAUUCACCAGGUGUACUCAAUUCUGUAGUACAUGAAGAUAUAGCAUAUGAACAGACUAUUGGAGAGGUGAUUCCUGUGGAAAUUACACCACAAAUCCCCAAUGAUAAUUGUUCGUCAAGUCAUCAAACAUUGGUAGAUAUCUUUGACGAUCCUCAUCAUGAUCCUGAUCAUACAAGCCUUUCAGAAUUGAUCAAUCUCACUGAAGCUGAUCUCAAUGAUAAUGAUGUUGUAUUGGUAGAUCAAUCAGUGGCGUCUUCGUCUUCAGCCCCAGCGUCGUCCUCGUCUUCAUCAUCAGCGCUAUCUGUGGUAACAACAUCAGCGACUGUUUUACCAUCAUCAUCAUCAUCAACAACAACAAGAGGAUGUGCCGAGGAUCUUACAAUGACAACAGAAUGUUCACUCUUGUCAGCUAGCAAUAUCACCGCUUAUCAAACAGUCAAUCUACCAGAUAAUACUGCUGUAUACAUGUUAAAUUUUACUGAUUUAAAUGCUGGUGGACAUGGAUUCUAUGAAUCAACUUGUACAAAUUUAAUUCAUGAGAAUAAUGAUGCUGAUGACGGCUCACAUCAACAUACAAUGAUGAUAUCAGUACCCGAUUCUGUAUAUCAUCCUCAUCUUCAAGCUGCAGGAUUUGUCGAUGGACCGUCAGUACCUUCUUCUUUGUCAUCAACAUCAACAUCAGUUGGAACAAUCGGUUCUUUACCUUCAUCAUCAUCAUCGUCGUCGAUUUUAUCGCCUGCAUUAGCGUCAGUAUCCGGUGGAACUAUAUCAAUACACCCGAAUUUUUUACUCCCCAUUCAAUUGACAACUACAUCACCCUAUUCGUCGAAAUCGUCGACUGUACUGAAUAAUAAUGACUGUAAUACUUCUGACAAUAAUGGCAGUGGAGUCGUUGGUCAUGAUGUUGUUACUGUUGCAUCGAAUAACAGUCAUCCCCAUCAUCAACAUCCAUGGUCAACUGUUAUCUCAUGUCAUCCAGAGCCUAGUCUAUGCUAUUUGAUUACAGCAACGGAGCCUAUUGAUAGUGACAUUUCAUUUGAAGUCGACGAAGAGACCAAUACCGCCACUACUACCACUAAUAAUAAUAAUAUUCAUACGAAUAGUAAUACUAAUGAUUCAAAUCCUACUAGUACGCUUACUGUUACGACUACUAAUCACAGUAGUAAUGCAAAAGAAGAAGAGGAAGAUAUCAGCAGUGUAAACAGACCAUCGUCAUCAUCAUCGCAUUCUUUGGAUAUGACUGUACACAAACAAUCCUUGGCGUCAAUGGAUAUUUUAAAUUCCAUCCAGACUGAUGUUCAUUCUAUUAAUAAUCUACAUGAAAUGGAUUUCAAAUCUCCACAAAUUGUAUUUAAUGAAAAUUGUCUAUUCUAUGAAUCAUGUCCAUCAACAACAACGGUGGAAUCGUCCUCGUCAGGACUAUCAUCUGCAGUGUCGUCGACUUCACUGCAUUUUUCAACAUUUUGUCCAUCUACUACUACUACUGCUACAACUGCCACGACAAUAUGGCGUCCAAUUGAUGAUUCAAUUGAUCUAGAAAGUGUUGUUGAACAUCAUGAGCAAAAACAACAUGAUGACGAAGAACGCCGCCUACGUCACCACCCCCAGCAACAACAACCACGAAAUCGUCAUCAUACUUAUCAGAUUCCUGUUGUUCCACAUUGUUCUACUGCCAUGUCAACUGUUACGACUACUACGAGUACAACUGCAGCUAAUGAGACAUCGUUUCCUUUUUCUAACGCUAACUGUCGUCAUCAGAUACAUCAGUUAUUCCCCGUUGUUAUACCAGAGUCAUUGUCGCAUAAUGAUGAAUUCAUCACGCGGAGUAUUGAAGGUAACAGCGGGAGUGUUAUUACCGAUGAUAGCGAUAGUGAUAGCCUGGUAAAGCAUACUUCUGUGAACCCAACAGAUCUAUUGGGGGAUACAAAUAUGCUGCUAUCAUGGAAUUCAACAAGUACCAUUACUAAUACUACUAUUAAUAAUAAUAAUAAUAAUAAUAGCAGUAAUAAUAAUAAUAGUGAUAUAAAUACAGAAUUUUAUCAUUAUCAACAUUGUUCGCCGAGAUUCCCCUCCCCAGAUCCUAAUCAUUUAUCUAGUUCACCAAUUCUUUCUGGUAAUGCAUAUCACCAUCAUCAUGAGUAUGUCUUGAAGAAUUUCUCUUCUCAAACAACAGCACCGGCACCAUCCUCUUCCUCGUCAUCUUCAAAUCAUUUGUGUAUAUCAAAUCCCAUAACAAGUUUAAUUGAAGCAUCAGUAUCAUCGUGUUCAUCUUCAUCGUCGGAUAGUAAUUCAAAUGAUUCUACAAACUUUUUUGGACAAUUUUAUCAACAAUCGAGUAAUACACCGUCAAUGAAUAUGAUGAAUCAUCGGCUUACUUCUGAGGAUAAUUAUAAUCUUCUAAAUAAUAAUAGUAAUAAUAAUAGUAGUAUUUGUAGUAUCCCUAAUCUAUUGAAUGAGGCAAACACGUGUUAUGCUACAACACAAUCCCAAUUACCUAAUGAUUAUGAAGUGAUUACAGAUGAUUCUACGGAACAAUGUUCAAAUUUUUCAGUCGGUUAUCUAAUUGGACAUUCUUCUAUGCCUUCUCAUCCUCCACCUUCUUCAUCAUCAUCAUCAGUUACGUUGUCAUCGUCGUCGGCGUCAUCAACAGGAGCUGUGGCGGUGUCGUCAUCUUCAAGAUGUAUUGUAAUGCCAACAGAAGAGGAAAAGGCAUCAGUGAUGAUGAUGAUGCCUACUCUGUGUCCGUCAUCAUCAGCUGAUGGUUUAGGUACAGUUAUUGAUUAUUUUGAUAAUUCUCUGAAUCAUCCACUUCAGUGUCUUUCGUCUAAUCAAUACCAGCAGCUACAUCAACAACAACCCCAACAACAACAACGUGAUCCUAGAUCAUUGUGUCAGUUAAAUUUUAAAAAUGAUCCUAUUGACUAUGAUUUUCUUUAAGAUUUGAGAUUAAAACAAUUAAUGAAUGAUGGAUGAAUUGGAACAUUGAACUGCGUUCAGAGAAAAAAAAAACGAAAGAAAAGAGAAGAAACACACAUUUAUGUUGUGUUUGCUUUGGUGUUUAUUUUAUUUUGUUACGUGUACAUAUACUACUUAUUUACGACAUUAUGAGCAUACAAUAUUAUUUCGAUGACAUUUAAAAAAACAUGUAUAUAAAUUUUUGUAUCGCUUUCAAAUAGGCAUUCAAUGAUCAAUUUUGUUGAACAAUAGUAUUUUAAUUUGUACAGUUCUAUAUAUAUAUUUUUUUCCUUUUGACCUAGUGAUUAUUAUUGCCAUUACAAUAAUUUAUUAUAUAAUAAUUAUGAUAAAUAUAAUUGUAUAAAUUUGUGAUGACUAAUGUGUGGUGUCUGACAAUAACAAUCACCUUUACUUAUCUAGACAGUCAGAAUCGUUUCAACCACAGCCAGUUGGAACGGAUGAAGGUAUCAAAGGCAGCUAGCUAGCUAGCUAGCUAGGCAGGAUAGGAAAGGCAAGAUACGCCUACGCCAACCUGAAACCAGUUUGGAAAUCUUCUGAACUCAGUCUGCAUAAGGAACAAGAUUCGCAUUUUUAACACAUAUGUAAAGUCAGUCAGUUCUUCUAUACGGGUGAUAUGUAUCCACAUAUAUAUAUUUAUGUGUGUGUAUGUUGGUCUCUCUUUCUGUUUGCUCCCUUAGUCUGUGACCAUUUUCACUUGUAUGAACUUGUCUCCUUUAAUAAUGUAUAUUCUCCUUAUAUUAUAUUAUAUAUAAUAUGAGUGUUUGUUGACAGUCCGUUGCUUGGUGACAUAUAUCCAUACAUGGUGGUUGUUGACAUGCCUGUUAUAUUUCGCUAUGUAUAUAUGGAUUGAUACUUCAUUAUAAUUAGCCAUUCAUGUUAAGACUGUCUAAUGAUUUGUUCACACCCUUGUCAUAUAUAUUUCGCUCACACAAUUUGUGUGAACUACUUGACUUACUUACCACUUGGGUGUGAUACCACUUCUGCAUUCUCCUUGUGUUUGGAAAAAUAGAAGUAUCAUCGCA